UAGACUUGCAAUGGGCCAGGGCGGAAAGUUGAAGUCCCACCACAUGGGAUUGCAGCCCUGAGCCCCACCACCCAGGGCCUGAGCAACAUAACUUCACAGUGCCCCCUAGGGUGUGAGGGGUCCCGGGCAUUUGUCCUUCUUGCUACCCCCUAACACUGCCUCUGGUUUUUAUGUGCAGAAAAACUGUUGUAGUGGCACAGCUGGGCUUUGGAGUUUUUUAUAGCGUACGGGAGGGGGGAGCUCGGAGAGAAAAAGCUUGAGAACCCCUGAUUAGAUCUUCACCUGACAAGUGCCUGUCUAUCCAGAUACACUAUUAUUAAAGCUUCUUCCCACCCCCACUCCCCCAUAGGACCAAACCUAUUUUUUGAGUGUCCUGUGCACAGUAAGAGGCUUGGUGGGUUUCAUUUAUUUUUUUCCUGGGGGAUGUUCACCCUGGCAGCAUCUUGCUUUCACAUGGAGAUCAGUGUUCUUAGAAACCUGUCAGGACUGCAGGUUGUGUGGCCAGCUAUGCACCUGGGGGAUGUGCUGAGGUCUGAUACCCCGUAGAACCAUCCUUAUCCAAGUUAGAGACUGUCCCUUCAAAUGAGUGAGACCAUGCAGGUCUGACUGGGAGCUCGUAAUAGAUAUGUUCCUAUGACUCUCUACAUGCUGUUACUGUCCCAUGCAGGGACAGGUAUAGUUUGAAUGUUUAGUCCAGUUUAUGUAGUGUUUGGCUCUCACGUAAUCGUGCUGAUUCAUCUGGUGAUUAAAUAUAAAGAUAUCCUUCACUGGUAUGGAAUUGAAUUGGUAGCCAGUAUGUUGUACAACAUUUGGCUUUGUGCUGCACAUUAGUUUUUUCUAGAGUGAAAGUGGUUCCCUACUAAUUCACUGAUCCUAUCUUAAUGCUGUAACUGCUAGUUUGCCUCAGUUAACUUUGUUGUAUAAACUUGUUUAGCUGAAUAAUUUUGUAGUAAAUUGGUGGCAUAUUGUUAAUGUUUGUUAGAGAAUUUGUCUGUCAGAAGCAACAGAGCAGAAUGCUUGGUUAUUAUGGCUUUUAUGAGAGACUUAAUAUAAUGGGGUCUUACCUCAUCUACUGUCAGACUCUGCAACUGCCUCAGUUCCUCUCCUUCCCCAGUCAAACCACCACAGCAGGGUUUCUGGAAGAGAAGAAACAACUGAAAUUUGUGAGCUGUCUGAGAAUUCGGAUCACUCAAGUGCAGAAAGUGAUGGAGAGAGUGAACCAGAACAGGUCUCCGUGUAUCACAAGCUACUAGCCACGUUCAAGACUGUUCCAGAUGCCAACAAUGAAGAAUAUGACGAAAAUGAGUCUGAAGAAAGUGAUGAAAGUGAUGAGGAAGAAACAGGCAGUGAAGAGUCUCAGGAGGGUGAAGAUGGAGAUUAUACAGCUGGUGAAGAUGAGAAUGAUGUGCAAGACCAGAAAGAAGCUAAAGACACAGCAAAGCAGAUGCUUGGCCAGGAGCAAGCCGAUGGAGCAGAUACCUCCAGUGACCCAAAACUUGGAGCAAGUGAAGAGUUCACCGAUGUGAAACAUGAAUCUGAAUUUAGCCUGGAAACCAAUUUCAUGGUCGAGGAGAGUGGUGAUUACAAUGCAGAUGAGAGGGAGAGUAGCUCUUCUGUCAUGGUUUCAGAAGAUCCAUUUAAGCAACAUAUGAACAAAGAACUGGAAGAAAAAGAAAUAGGAAACAUUUCAUCAAGUUCUAAAAGUACAAUUCAGCUGAAGUGGCCAACGCUGGGCCAGUUAGUUUUUUCUUCUUCGUUACAGCAGCCGAGAACUUUUAAGCCAGAUAAAGAAGCUGAUUUGAAACGGCUUCAUCUUCAUAAGACUUUAGAAUCCACCUGGCCAAAAGUGAACAGCCAGUUCUUAUCCACACUAACUAAACAGAACAAUCACCCGUUUACCCUGUUACAAAAGGAACUCUUUUGUAUUAUGAAUCAGUACAAGGACUUGUUCUACCCAGAAAGAACUGCUUUAGGGAAUGGGGAAGAAGUUCGUCAUGCUUACUGUCUGCAUGCAAUGAAUCACAUCCUGAAGGCAAAUGCCCAGGUUCUCAGCAAUAAUGCCAAACGAAGAGAUCAGAAGCCAGCCGUUGAUAAUGACGAUUUCAGGGACCAAGGACUCACCAGACCUAAGGUGCUGAUAGUAGUGCCCUUCCGUGAAUCUGCCUUACGGGUGGUGCAGAUUUUCAUCAGCCUCCUUGAGUCAGAGAGUAAAAAACGAAUAGAUGUAAGUAACAAAAAGCGCUUCAAAGGGGAGUUUGGUUCUGAUCCAGAUGAGAAACCUCCCAACCUGAAAAGACCUGAAGAUUAUGAAGCUGUGUUUUCAGGCAACAUCGAUGAUCAUUUCAGGAUAGGGGUUGCUAUUCUUCAAAAGAGCAUGCGAUUAUAUGCACCAUUUUACUCUUCUGAUAUCAUCAUUGCCUCUCCCCUUGGCUUGAGGACCAUUAUUGGGGCAGAGGGAGAAAAGAAGAGAGAUUUUGAUUUCCUCUCCUCGAUAGAAAUUCUUAUAAUUGAUCAAGCAGAUGUUUACCUGAUGCAGAAUUGGGAGCAUAUUCUGCACCUGAUGAACCACCUCAGCCUCCUUCCUUUGGAGUCCCAUGGUGUAGAUUUUUCACGAGUGCGCAUGCUGAAUCUGAAUAACUGGUCAAAGUAUUAUCGUCAAACGCUACUGUUUAGUGCUCUUCAAGAUCCCCAGAUUAACUCUAUCUUCAAUAAGAACUGCUUCAAUUACAGAGGCCAGGUAGCCGUAAGGAACGUACCCUCGAUUGGCUCCAUUAGCCAUGUUGUAGUACAGCUUCCUCAUGUCUUCCGAAGGCUGGAAGCUGAAAGUUCUGUUUCUGUAAUAGAUGAAAGGUUUCAGUUCUUCAUUGACAAAGUUUUGCCUGAGUAUCGUGAUGCAAUCAUGUCACAUACACUCAUUUACAUUCCAUCAUAUUUCGACUAUGUGCGUCUUCGAAAUUACUUCAAGAAGGAAGAGCUGAAUUUUACACACAUCUGUGAAUACACCAAAAGAUCUGGUAUCUCCAGAGCAAGACAAUUCUUCCUCAAGGGAGAGAAGCAGUUCUUAAUCUUCACUGAACGCUUCCACUUUUACAAAAGAUACCUAAUAAGGGGCAUCAGAAAUCUCAUUUUCUAUGAGUUACCGACCUACCCCCAUUUCUACAGUGAGGUUUGUAAUAUGCUGACAGCCACAGCCAGUGGAGAGGAAGCUACUUGGACUUGUACUGUUCUCUAUUCAAAGUAUGAUGCUCAGAAGUUGGCUGCUGUGGUAGGUGUAGAUCGUGCUGCUCAGAUGCUGCAGUCUAAGAAAAACGUGCACCUUUUUGUUACUGGAGAAAAUGAAUGAACAAAGUCAUGGACUGAGACUCUCUUGUUGUAUGGACUUGGAUCUUUUUGUCUAACAUGCACAUUGAUGCUGUUUUUUAAAUAAGCGUUUGGGGGAGGAGAAGAUGUAUCAAAAAUAUUUUGUUGGAACUUGUUUUACAGGGUUAGUUUGUGUAUUUAAAUACUCCCACUUAAGCCAAAGAGGGAAGUGAAAGGUGCCAUUUAAGCAAAGCACAUGUGCUGCUGCUUUUGUGUAAGUGCACAACCUUAAAAAAAAUUACUUUCCUGGCUAACUUACCCCCUAUGCUCUAUCUACAUCCUGGAAAAUAUUUAGUAAAUAGUUGCGGGGUGAAAAAUGCCUUGUCAUUAGAUGAUGCCACUCCCUUUCCCCCAUUCUCCGUUGUCAAAAGCUCCCUAUGUUCCUUCAUCAAAUGCAACUUUCCGCUGUCUCAUUCAAGGGGAAAUUCUUCCAGAUGUUGAGUGUGUUUAUGCAAGACAUUCUGCACUCCUUAUACCCCACAUUGCCCCUCAGUUGAGGGCAGGGGAUAGGCAGAGCCAUUAUUCGGGGGGGCUUCUGUAACCCAAGCAUGUCGUUGAGUGAGUAGCUGAAAACACCUUGACUUGGCCCUUUGAGAACAAUUUGGGGUAGGAGUUAAUGAAGCUUCACUCGGACUGAUUAAGUGGUCAAAAUUUCACCACAUUCCAUCUUUACAAUGCUAAUUUCAAUCCCAACGUUUGUUUUUUUUUAUUAACGCUAUACUUUCAAAGCUACAUGCACACCAUUGUUUUUCUGCACACUUACCUUAUGGGUGCAGAUCCCCAGUAGCAAUUCAAUUUAAUAUUGCACACCUAGUUACAAGAUCACCAAAGCACAGGCAUAGACUGCUGAAAACCAAUCCAAACUCUUCAUGGACAGUUUGCAAAAUUACUUUGAGUAUGUCUACACAGCAAAGAAUUACCUGCAGCUGGCCCAUGCCAGCUGACUCGGGCUGUGGGCUGUUUCAUUGCUGGGUGGACUUCAGUCUCAGGCUGGACCCUGAGUCUGGAACCCUUCCAGCCUGAGCCUGGAAGUCUACCCAGCAGUGAAACAGCCCUGCAGCCCAAGCCGAUGUGCCCUCGGCAGCUGGCAUGGGCCAGCUGCAGGUUUUUCUUUGCUGUGUAGACAUGCCCUUUAUGAGUUUCUGAAUGCCUCAAAGUCAGUGAUCUCAUUCCAUGGUUUGUUGUCCAAAGCCGUCAUCUAUGGAGAGCUGUGCUGCCUCUCCUUGUUUCCAGGAAUUGUGUCAUGAAAAGAAGCCAAAAAUAUAUCAAAUACUUUCCUAAUGUUUAACUUUUCCAUAUAAGCAACUAUCUGAUUGUGGAUGGAGGGGCUGGUGGUCUGUGUGAUCCAAAGUGGGAAGGGAAAUGCCCUCAAGCUGUCUAAGGUGUGGUCCAUGCUGUAAUAAAGUUUAAGGAAUCCCUCUCCUUUCCUUGAUCCUUAAUUAAAUUGAGUUGCUACAGGCUAAUAUAUAACAACAUAUAAUGUUUUGCUAUCUGCUCUCGAAAUAGUGGUUAGUGUAUAUAAACAGGGAAAAUUUAACUCCUGUAAACAAGUACAUAUUGUGGUAACACUGCAUAAUUUCAGCCUGUUCCCAUAUCAUAAUCAUUAUUAUAGUUGUCAGAUGUUUAUCUGAGGUUAUCAUCUGUUACUAUUGUAAGUAUGAGAUGUCAGUUCAGCCCUUUAGAAACACAAGUCUAUACAGCUGUUUGCUUUCUAUUUUAGUUAGGCACUAAGACCAGUUGCAAUGCUGAGCACUGUGGAGCCUGACUUUUAGGCACCUAGAAGAUGCUGCAAUCCACAGAGCCUGAGCUGGGUGCGUAGGCUCCAUUUACAAUGAAGGGAAGAGAUAGGUGCCUUAAAUUGAUAUGCAAAGGCAGCACACAGCUUAAGCUAGCCAAUGGGAGAUGCAGACCAGAGGGGUGUGUGAUAAGCCCUGCCCCUCACACAGAGAUAGGCACCUAGCUCUGCUUGAGAUCGAUGAAGCUGGGGGAAGAAAGGCUUUCAGAUGCCUAAGUCACAUGUUGGGCCCAAUUGGUAGGUAUGCUCAGAGGCUGCAUUGGGCCUCUCACACAAAACAUUCAGGGGCAAAGGCAAUCCCUUAGAACCUUUAGCCUAAUGGUUAGGGUACACUCACCCAGGAUCUGGGAAUCCUGGUUCAAGUCCUCCGUCCUCAUGACAGGGAGAAGGGAUUUAAAUGGGUCUGCACAAGUGAGUGCCCCAACCACUGGGCUAUGAGGGAACACCACAGCAGAAUAUCCCAAUCUCCUGUUUUGAAGUUCCACUUUAAUUCAUUAAUUGAAUAAUUAAAUAUUAAUUGGGCCAGUGAAAGCAUGAGUGACUCUAUAGCCUAGUGAUUAGAACCUCACUUGAUCAUUGAUCCCUGUUCCAAUCCCAUGUUCCCCUCAGGCAGGGGAGGGGGGGAGGACUUAAACUGAGGGGUCUUCCUCAUUCUCCACUAGGCUAAAGGUUAUAUGGGGGCUCCUCCUCUUCCCUCUCCCACCCUGACUCUUUUGUUUUGAACUCGCUUGCAGGGCCCGAUCCAGUCGGCAACCUCUCAACAUACCGACUGAGUUAGGCCUUGCAUGCGACUGUAGGUGACCAAACACCUAUCUUCCCUGGUUUGUGAAUCACUGUGGGGCUAAGGCAGGACCCAGGCACCUGGAGCGAGAUAGUUGUGCGUGUGCCCAGAAGCAAAAACUUCGGCAUCAAGUGACUGUAGUUGCCUACAGGGUUAGGUGGCAGCCAAGCAGGAAUUUUGUGGAUCACAGUGAUUCCUAAAAUGGGACUUGGGCACCUGAACACCUUUGGGGCUCAGACUCUAACUGGUUAUUGUUUAUACAUCUCUGUCCUUUAGCUCAGGAGUUGAAUGCCACUAAAGGCUAAGUUCUUUUUCCUUUUGAACAGCUGACGUGACAAAUCUUUGCCCUGUGGCAUUGCUUCUUUUUUUCUAUGUUUUCUGGACUUGACGGAGAUGUAUCCUGGUCGGGGGUCAUAAAAGCAGACAGAUAAAUGAGGAUUAAGUGUUUUUCCUCUCCAUUGGAUAUGCUUAUCACAGAGAAUAGCUGACCUCUGAGAAAGCUAAAGUAGGAUAACUACUUAAGGAGAUAAAGUGAUACAGUACAGCUCCUCUGCUAGCUGCAGUUUAAAAGACAGAAAGGUUAUUUGGCUAGAAUCUUAACGAUGAAAGGGCCUGCUCUUACUCCCAUUAAAGUCAAUGGCAAAGGCCCUAUUGACCUCAGUAGGAGCAGAGUGGGGGCCCUGAUUUUUGUUUAUCCCAAAGUCUUUUAUAUUAGUGCCACAUUAUUUUCUUUAUUCUUUAGAAAGGCUACUCAGGGCUGCCAAUUGUUGCAAAUCAGAACAUAGACACACACAAAUGCUGCAUCUUCAGAGAUGGUUUUGCUGACUAUAAAUUCUAAUCUAUUCUUAUUUUUUAAAAUUUAAUGGAUAAACGGGUUGAUUUACACCCAGCAGUUGUUAAAAGUUUGAUUUGGGACUAGCCUUGCAAAUCACACAGGUGGGAUUUUUCUAAAGCACUCAGCAUUGACCUAACUCUGCUCUGUCUGAAGUUGAUAGUAAAACUCCUGUUAACUUCAGUAGGAGCAGAAAUAGCCCAAUGUUAGUGAGCAUAUCUGUAAAUUCCACCCUUAGUCUAACGCUAAUGCAGAAUAGAGCAGCAUUGGUGCUUAAAGGCUUACAUCUGCUAGAAUGGAUGGCACCCCACCCCGUGCAAUCUGCAUCAUGUCGGUUCCCUAGCAUUGUUUCAGAACCAAUGUAUGUGUUUGAAUGGAGGGGCAUAUUCUGUGCUCAGCUACUCCUGUGAAAUCCCGUUGAUUUUCAACAUCACAUUGGUGGCUUGUGAACAGAGAUGUCAGUGAUUUUCAGUGGGUUUACAGUUAUGUGAGUGUUCAGUAGUAGCCCCAAAUACAGUGAGUUACCGUUCUAUGAGUGAAGCUGAGAAGAUAAUUUGGCCCAACAUGGAUGCGCAUACAUUAAUGCCAACACUCAAUAUGGGAAUUGUUCAGACUACAAUAAGCAAUUUAAAAAUCUAUAAUGUCAUGCAACCUGCUCCACAAGACUGGGAGAGGUGACUUCUGAAACCCAAAGGAAAUAAGAAUCCACGGGCCAAUUUCUGAUCUCAGCUACUUACUGUAACUCUGCUGUGACUCAGUUCAGAAUCUGGCUGUAUGUGCGCAUCUAGGUUUUCUGUCUUGCAUAUACACAUUGGUUAAUGAAUUGAAAUACACUAGAGUGCUGACAUCAAAUAGAAUAUGAGCGUAUGACACUGAGCGUGAUAUUUUAGUUUUCAGACUGGUUUAAAGAUUUGAUUACACAUCAUCUUAGCUUGAAAAAGCAUUCUCCAGUCAAGCCGUCUGACAAACACGCAGCUGUUUUGACCUCUCUUAUCUUGAGGAGACAAAGAUCUGUGUUCAUUGGUUCCAGAGACACAGUCACUCAGAAUCAGGGCUGUGGUACUGUUUUUUAAAAUCCUCUUGGCUCCAGGAGCUGCUCUGAAUAGUGAAAAUGAAUUCUGCAGGGUUUUGUUUUUUUUUUUUUUUAAAUUCUUAAUGAAAAAGAAUCCUGACACAACAUGAGAGAGUUAAUUGUCUGGCACCAGGCAUUGGGACAGCUGUUAAUGCGGUCGUGCUGAUGGUUUGCAUUAAUGGCUAGCUUUGGGGAAUUCUAACUCAAGGGUAGAAAUAAACACUGAUAAGAUGUUAAUUCCUUUUCAGGAUCUUCUGUCACCCUGUAAGUCCUAAAAAUUGUGAUAACCUGUAGAAAUUAUGUUUAAAUAUGUAUCUUUCUUUAUAUAGGAAUAUUGUUCCUCCAAUCAAUGAGCAGUAUAGUACUGUAUCCUAUUUCACUAGUAAAACUUAAUCAGGACAAUAAAUUCAUUAUGGUUUACUGUUGCUCCUGUUAAGGAUAUAUAAAAAAAACAACCAAUGCAUUUUUUUGAAAAAGUUAUGUGUAGGAUGAGAGGCCGGGCUUAUGAUGGAGUCUGAAUAGAUGUGGGGCUGAUAUAGGCACAGUCCUUGCACAGAGAUGGGGAAACUGACUCCUGAGGACAGACUACUAAAAUUUUGUAAUGCUGAUUGGAAGAUUUAGAGCAAUCCAUGUGAGAUGAAAACUAAAGCCUCCUUGUUAAUAACCGUGCAAUUAACAAUUAUUUUACACUUAGUGAAACCCAUUGUCAGGAUUUCUAAGCCUUACGUUCGUUAUGCUGGUGUGGUCUCAACCCUAGGGUUGUUUUUGUUUGGACCUGGUAGCCAAACUUGUCUGAUGGAAUGCUUUAAUUUGCAGCAGGAUUAUUCAGAAAGCUUCAAUGCCUCCAUUUUGAAAAGCAUAUCUUAAAGUGAAAGGAUGAGGACUGAGACAAUUAAAAAGGUGUAUAAGCAUUUGCAAGGCAGCCUUAGAGACAGAGCAUACAGUGCAGUCUGCUGCAGUGAAAGCUUCCCCCCACGUUGGGUGUGAUCCUCAUCUCCACUCCAGCCCCCUUUAUAUGGGGUUAAAGAACUGGAGUGGUGUAAAGGGACACUAAGCUCCAUAUCUGUCUAGACAAGACUUCCUCCAGCACAGGUAUUGUGGAGACAGCCAUAGGGCUUUAUUUAGAGGACCUACUCACAGGUCAUGGUGGAGUGGGUGUAGUGGGGCUGCAAUGGAAGGGUGUGUUGGGGUGCGAAUCUCAGCUUACAGCAUUGUGGAGAUUCCAGGCAGCAUUGUGAUCUAUGGGGAGGCCCAAAGAGGCUACUGUAACUCAGGCAGGCUCCUAGAGCUGUCUGCAGAGCUUCUUCAGCCCCUAGUCCCUGGAACAGCCCAGGACUGAGAGUGCACAAAGGUGGCUUAAAGCCAGCCCAGGCCUUUUAGGGUAUGUGUACGCUGUAAUGUAAGCCCAGAGUUAGUGGAACUCUAGUCCGUAAACCUUGUGUUUGAGAGCCCAGGGCUUGAGCAUCUGCAUUGUUUGCUGACCCUAGGAUGCGGAUUUUUGAACCCGGGCUUCAGCAUCCACACUGCCCUACACAGGUUUGAGUACAACCAACUGUAUCCCCAUACUUCCUAGCACCCUCCCAAAAUGGGGCUGCUCUAGCCCUUUAUUUGUGGCAUAGUGUGGGAAAACUUGACUGUCUGUCCACCCGCCCCCUCCUUCCCCACCCCCCAUCUUGGCAAGUUUGAUCAGUCCAUCAAAGCAUGCCGCCAAGCUGUCAUUUUGUUCUGCAUCCUCACAGCAACCAAAGCCAACAACAUGGAGCAGCUGCCUUUUGCAGAACUUCUCUUGGUUGUGCUUUCAAUCCUGUUUCAAGAAAUGGACCGAGUUUCCACAUUCCGGCAGUGGUUUCUGACUCACCAAAGGCUCCCAAAGAGCUAAUGACGGAGGAGGACACAGACAUGGCAGACUUGAACUGGUUGAUGCGGCUCAUGACACUUGGUAUAGACGCUGAUGCCCCAUGCGUAGACCAAUGCUUCCAGAGCAGGGCCAUAGGCACAGGCUGGUGCAAUCACAUCCUCUUGCAGACCUGGGAUGACCUGCAGUGGGUCCAGAACUUUCACGUGAGGAAAGCUACAUUUCUGAAGCUUGGUGAGCAGCUUGCCCCAGCCCUCCAAUGUAGAGAUAUACACACAGGAGGGAGGCCAUGCUGGUCCAGAAGUGGGUUGCUAUAGUUGUUUGGAAGCUGACUGCGCCAGACUUCUCCGGGUUUGUUGCCAACCAGUUUGGCGUUGAAAAGUCAACUGUGGGUAAAGUGGUGGUGGAAGUUACUGAGGCAAUCAGGCGUGUGGUUUAUCCCAGGUGUGGGGCAUAAAAGAUAUUCCUGAAGGAACUGCUGGCUCUGAGAGAAUGGGGUUUCCAAACGGUGUUGGGGCCAUUGAUGGAGUUCAUGCACCCAUAGAUGUUUUUUUUUGUUUUUUUUUUUUUUCCUUCUCAAGGAGCAUGAGUACAUAAACCGGAAAGGGUACUGCAGGCUCUUGUGGGCCACGGAGGCUGAUUUAUGAACGUCAGCGUGGGCUGCACUGGAAAGUUUCAUGAUGCCAGGGUUUUCUGCCAAUUGGGACACUAUUCCCACCAAAUAACAAUGUCAUAAAUGGAGUUACUGUCCUCACUGUUAUUUUUGGGGGGCCCUGCUUACCCCCUUUUGCCUGGGCUUAUAAAACCAUGCCAUGAUCUCAGAGGACCUGGCAAAGAAGGUUUAACUGCAUUCUCAGCGGGUGUAGAAUGGUGGUUGAAUGUGCGUUUGACGGAUUGAAAUCCACUGGUGUUGUCUAUAGACCCAUUUGGAUUACAGUGCUGUAGCUUGUUGCGCUAUUCCUGAUCUUUGUGAUGCCAAAGGUGAGCCAUUUUCCCCCCUCCGCAGACCCAUGACAGCAGUGGGAUUGCUGAACCAGUACUCUCAGCCAGAAAGUGCACCUAUCGCAGCUGCACCUGUAUGCACCCAGGCAACAGAAAUUAGGAUGCUCCCACAUCAUGGAUUUACAUGGAAGAGGGAGACUAGUACCGCUAUGAAUGUGCUUAUGCACUGCUUACAGUACAUUAGGUUGAGAGGUGGGGGUUUGAUUGCCAUGCAUUGUACUUAUGGGUGACAUGACCACUUGUGACAUAGGGCAGGGGGGAGAACUGGAUUUAGAUUCUGUAUUGACAAGUGGUGUUUGCAUACAACUUCAGAGUUGUCCCUUGUAAUGUGUUUAUUAUUUGGAAUACACAUUAUGUGUUGCAGUGAUAAUAGAAUUUCUUCAUAAAAUAAAAAACUUUAUUUUUGAACAUUUA